AUGCUUAGAAGGUCGCAGCACUCUCCAGGGAGGAGCUCCCACGGGCCUGGUAGACCCUGUGUGACAAUUUCUUGGAUACAAGAUGUAGCUGCCUUGUCAUCUAGCGCUAGAUCCGAGAAGGAAAAAGAUAAAACAUGCGAACCAGCUUCAAAGAGGUUAUCAUCAAAAGAAACACGAGUAAGGAGAUGGAUGGAAGAAGUCAAAGUGGAAAUGAGGAUAACGUCAAAGAAGGUACCCCGAGAGCGAUGCUAUAAGCUGGAAACACAUCAUCAGCCCUUUAGCAACAAUGCGUCAGGAAUCUCCCACCCUGAGCUUGAGAGAGCAGCACCUCAGUCUUUAAAAUAUCUAGCAGGUCGGCUUCCUGAUGGAGAUAUCGACACGUUUUGGAGCCCCUUUUGA